AUGGCCUCCGAAGAGGUCACUGCGCCCGCACCGGUCCCCAACGCCGACGGCACGCCAGGGCGCAAGCCCUUCUCCGAGCUCGAGCUGUCCGAGCCGACCGCGCGUGCGCUCGCGGAGAUGGGCUUCACGACGAUGACGCCCGUGCAGGAGAAGAGCAUCCCGCCGCUGCUCGCGGGCAAGGACGUGCUCGGCGCCGCGCGCACGGGCUCGGGCAAGACGCUCGCGUUCCUCAUCCCCGCCGUCGAGCUGCUGCACCGGAUGAAGUUCAAGCCACGGAACGGUACGGGGAUCGUCAUCGUCUCGCCGACCCGCGAGCUCGCGCUGCAGAUCUUCGGCGUCGCGAAGGAGCUGAUGGCGCACCACUCGCAAACGUUCGGGAUCGUCAUGGGCGGCGCGAACCGCCGCGCCGAGGCCGACAAGCUGCAAAAGGGCGUGAACCUGGUCGUUGCGACGCCCGGCCGUCUCCUCGACCACUUGGAGAACACAAAAGGAUUCGUCUUCCGCAACCUGAAGGGCCUGGUGAUCGACGAGGCGGACCGGAUAUUGGAGGUUGGGUUCGAGGAGGAGAUGAAGAAAAUCAUCGCUAUCCUUCCAAACGAAAACCGCCAGUCCAUGCUCUUUUCCGCGACCCAAACCACAAAAGUCACCGACCUCGCGCGGAUGUCGCUGCGCCCAGGGCCCCUAUAUAUUGAUGUCGACAAGACCGAGCGCACAAGCACGGUGUCGACACUAUCACAAGGCUACGUCGUCUGCCCGUCAGAUCGACGGUUCCUGCUGCUUUUCACGUUCCUGAAGCGGAAUAUGAAGAAGAAAGUGGUGGUGUUCUUUUCAAGUUGUAAUUCGGUGAAGUACCACGCCGAACUCCUAAAUUAUAUCGAUGUACCCGUGCUUGAUCUACAUGCAAGUCAAAAACAACAAAAGCGGACGACGACGUUCUUCGAGUUCUGCAAUGCCGAGUCGGGGACGCUGCUUUGCACGGACGUCGCUGCUCGAGGGUUGGAUAUCCCGCGCGUGGACUGGAUUAUCCAAUAUGACCCGCCAGACGACCCGCGCGAUUAUAUCCACCGUGUCGGCCGAACCGCGCGUGCAGGGAAGGUCGGGAAGAGCCUGAUGUUCCUGCUUCCCAGCGAGCUCGGGUUCCUGCGGUAUCUUAAGGACGCGAAGGUGCCGCUGAACGAGUUUAGCUUUCCAGCGGAUCAGAUCGCGAAUGUGCAAUCUCAGCUGGAGAAGCUAUUGCAAAAGAACUACUUCCUGCACCAGUCGGCGCGCGAUGGGUACCGAUCGUACCUGCAGGCGUACGCAUCAUAUUCGCUGAAGAAGAUCUUCGACGUGAAUCAGUUGGACCUGGCCAAGGUGGGCAGGUCGUUCGGGUUUGCGGUGCCGCCGCGCGUGAACGUGAACAUCGGGGGCGGGAAGGGUGGCGCGGGACGCGGCGGGCAGAAGCGGAAGCGCGAGGACGGCGAGAACGAGGAAGACGAGGAGGAGAACGCGGAGGGCGACGAGGGCUGGAGGGCGCAGGGGCGGCGGGGCGGGAAGGAGCGGCGGAAGGAGACGCUGGGGCGGCGGGCGGUGGAGAAGGAGGUGUACAAGACGGGACUGGAGCGGAAGAAGCUGGCGGGCGGGGGGCGGGCACAGUGGAGUCGAUAG